AUGUCAGCAAAACCAGUUGCAGACAAGGAUCAAAUGCCGCAUGACAACGUUCUGUCAAAAUUCUCACUUUUGAAUGAAGAAACGGGAUCAAAUAAACACACUUCAUCGUUUAAAAAUAACGAUGAUGAUUACGAGGGCAAUGAAAUGAAUGAAGACGACGAAAUGAAUAAAAAAUCUAAAGAUAUUGAUGAAGUAAUGGGCAAAACGGCAAAACGUGACGGUCAAGGUAGCACGUCUCGGACUAAAACAUCAAAAAAGAACCAUAAAGAGAAAUACAAUGAUGUACACACUCCUUCCAAUGCAAGAAAGAAUCAUAAAGAGAAAUAUGAUGUACAAAUUCCCGAUGCUAUACUAGGAUACAAAAGAAACGGUAUUGAACUUGGCCUAAGCGAUGAUGCGACUCCACAAGGUAGAAUAUGUUUCUCAAGAUAGUUGUCAUAAUUUGUAGACAACAAGAACACGCGUAUAACUAAACUAAUUUGCUUGUACACAGAAAAAACACGGAGUGUUUGGUAUGAUUAUUACGAUUAUUCAACUCGCCCCCCAUCGGGGCUUUUCAGUGGCCGAUUACAUCAAGUAUUACGCUUACUUAUAUUACCUAACUAAGCUUAGACUAUUUAUUUUUACAACAAUUGUGAUUACUUUCUUAACUGUGUUUAUCCUAACCCAUCCUGUCAACUUUCCCUGUGGGAGGGAACCGGAGCACCCGGAGAAAACACACGACUUUCGGCAGAGCGUUGACUGACUCUUUUCACAUGAGUUCACACAUGAGUCCGUAGCGAGACUCGAGCCCACGAUCUCAGAGGUGAAAGGCGCUUGCUUUGACGAGUGCGCCAUCGAUAGAGUCAAACUGGAAAUAUAUGCGAUUAAGGUGACAUUAUACUGCGCCAGCUUAGGGAGUGACAGUAACAGGCUGGUAACCUUCCGACGGAGAGCCUUCGCUCGAAACGUCCAGGUUUUACUUGUAUUUUUCAGAUUGUUGAAUCCCUUCAAUUCACAGCUUUCUGGUAUAACCAUAGAACUACAUAUUGCUGGGAUCACAUCAUUUACACACAUUCACAUCAUUUACCCACAUUGAUGAACAUAAUCAUCUUACAAACAAAUCAUUUUUCUCUCCUCCAGAUCAAUUCCAAGAAGAAGCUUUAAUGAAGCACAACAAGUACCGUAAACUCCACGAUGCUCAGACGCUUCAACUAAACAAAGCGAUGAGUGAGAGUGCCACUGGUUAUGCCAAGAGCUUGCUUCUUCAGGGCUCCAUGGAUCAUUCCAGCCAGGCAGAAAGACCUGACCAAGGUGAAAAUCUCUUCAUGGAGUGCUCCAAAACCAAUCUUCCUUCGCCAAAUGACGCAAUCACGAAAUGGUAAGUCACCGGUGGGUUUCGAUAAGUCUCCUAGAGUCGGGGGUGGGAGACGAAUAUUGAAUACUGGAUUUUGAAUACUGGUACAUGCAACCUGCUUACAACUUGAGUUGUACUGUGUAAAUCAAGCACACAACUCAUCUACGACAACGUAGACUUGAUUUACACAGUACAACUCAAGUUGUAUAAGCAGGUUGCAUGCGACAGUUUUAGGCGAAAGUUGUGUGAUGUAUAUCUGCCUUCAUGUCCUAGGUAUAGCGAAGUAUGUGGUUACAAUUUCCAAGACUCUAAAUCAAAUCCUGGAAAGGUGACGGGUCAUUUCACUCAACUUGUGUGGAAACCUACCAGGGAGAUUGGUAUUGGUUAUGCUACCGGGGUGGAUAAACACGAUCCCGCUAUGAAAUGUGUUUGUGUUGUUGCAAGAUACAAACCUGCGGGGAAUAUUUUAGGAUGGUUCUCUACCAGCGUUGUAAGACGUGAAGUGAACAAUAUUUGUAAUUACAAGAAGGGAAAUGUGCUGGCGAGUGAACCAGACGAAGGACCAUUACAUACAACGCAAAGUGACCUUGUAAACUCAAUUAGUGAACGCCUCUUUUCCGAAGUCUUUCCGCACCAGACAGACACUAAGCUUUACGAAGCUAACGAUGGCAUGAGCGUACCAGGUGAUGUAGCAGACGGGACAGAGGCGCCACAAGAAAAACAAUCCAGUUUACCACUGUACGAAUCUAAUGGUGAAAAUAUGGGUGUACCAACAUAUGCUGCGAAUAAGGUGGCUACGGAUGGCACUAGAGUACCAUCAGAACAGGAAACCAGUAUAACUCAACCAGCAACAAAUACUAACCUGUAUGAUUCUAAUGGUGAAAAUAUAGGUGUACCAGCAGCAUAUGCCGCGAAUGAUGUGCCAUCAGAACAAGAAACCAGUAGAACUCAACCAGCAACGAAUACUAACCUGUAUGCUUCUAAUGGUGAAAAUAUGGGUGUACCAGCAUAUGCUGCGAAUGAGAUGGCUACGGAUGGUACAGGAGUACCAUCAGAGCAGGAAUCCAAUAUAACUCCACCAGCAACCAAUACUAUGCUGCAUGAAUCUAAUGGUGAAAAUAUGGGUGUACCAUCUGAUGAUUCAGGAGCACCAUUAAAACAGGAGUCUGGUGCAGAUCCAACAAGAAUGGUUUCUGAAACGAGUACAGCAGAUAUGUCGCCUGCACCAUCAGAUACCAGCAGUUCGACAGUACCAUCAGAACAAGAGUCCAGUUCAACUCCACCAGGAAUGAACUCUGAGACCAAUUCACCAGACACAACUUCUGUAGACGAUGCAACGCCAGUUAAAGCACCAUCAGCAACAGGGACACCAAUAACGAGUACAGCACCAUCACAACCACCAUCAAAUGUGGUAGCACCAGUAGCCAGUGGUAAAGCACCAACAACAGGACCUGUAACUGCACAUGAAGAAUGUAAGUGA